UCCAGUAAAUCGUACAAGAAAAACUCUCCACCAUGCAGCUCGCUAUUGUCCUGUUCGCCGUUGUUGUGGCCGUCAGCGCACACCCAGGUUUGAUCGACCCGUGGGCGGCACCACAGGUGGUCGCUGCUCCCGAGCAUCACUACGUCGGGGUUUCUCACGGGCAUGCUCCGGUCGCUGUUCAUCCCCAGUACGUCAAGGUCGCCCAACCAGCCCCGAUACCGGCCCUGCACCCGCAGCCUCUGAACAUCAAAGUGCCCCACACGCAGUCGGUCAGGCUGCCCGUUGGUCACGUCCACAUAAGUCAUCCCCAUCUGAUCGGCGUCGAGGUUUCGCAUCCGGAACCCGAGCCAGUCAUCGCCAAGCAUGCUGUCGUCCACAAGACGGUUCAUGCCGCACCAGCCCAUCCCUGGUAAAUUAGGGAUUAAUUAAACCACCGUCUAAUAAACGAGUCCCCGGCUUUUCACUAACGUUAGACAAAUCAACGCCCUAUGUACGUAAUAAUCACCUGGAAGUAUGUUGAUUUUUUGUAUUUUAUUUUACUUAUCAAUGCGACCAGAGUAUUUGGGAAGAAUUAAAUAAAUUUUAUCAGCGAAAAACUUUGCAACAGCUACUGCAGUUGUAUUUUGUAUCGCAUCGAUAAUGUUAUAAUUAGUUUGGAAAAAUAUUCGCUGGUUUAGUUUUAUUCGAGAAGAGGUAAAGAGAAAGGAAGUCAUCUUCGCGAAAAUUUUGCACUUGAUGCAGAUGGUUGGAUUAUUAUUAUAAACAUUAUUACUAUUAAUAUAAUUAUAAUUACUCUUUUUUUUUCUGUCGCGAAAAUUAUUGAUUGUGUUACAGCUACGAUUACGUCAUGGAAAAAAAAAAGAAUAAAAAUUUCAUAAGCGUAAACUUGGAAGAACUCAAUCUCCGUUUCCUAGGAAUUAUGAUAUAUAGUAUAAGAGCGUUAAUUAAUGUCGCGCGAAUCGUGUGAAUAAUCCAGGGACUGCAGACCAGGCACUCAAACUAAAAAAAUCUAUAUUUCUUAAAAAAAAAUUUAUAUACACAUAAAAAAAAUUACACGGUAAAAAAGAAAAAAAAAAAAACAACUUUCUAUAAAAUACUCCAA